GGGUCCACCGCUGGAAGCGGAGCUCGCGACGGCUAAGCCCCCGACCAGUACGCCGUCGAAAGGCAAUUGUACCGGCAGAACCACCACGGUACGGUACUCUUAACCGGCAUGCGAUCGCAACGGCGCGUACCAUGAGUCCCGCGUCCGCUGGCGCCUUAGAAGUGGAGCGGUAUAUCGGUGCUUGUUUGAUCUCACAGAAUCGAUCGAAAAAACCCCUGAAAAAUGGGGAAUUUUUUCAAAGAGCCCAAGUGUUUCCCCGAAACGGAUAUGUAAAUCUACAAGGCUGUCCGCCGGCAGAUGGGUGGGCCGGUGGGGUGCCCCUCAUUUCCUUCGCCAGGCACCCUCGGAGAGGCAACUUGCAGGAACACGAAGAUAUACCACCAAACCAUCACCUGGCCAGGUUAGCAGUACAUACCCAAGGAGCUCCCCUGAUUCUUACAAAAAGUUACAACCACCGUAAAAGUAAACCGCAAAGACAUAACUAUAAUAAUAACGUCAAUGUGCAACAAACUAAAGUUUUCGAAAAUUCGAACAAGAAACUAAACAAAAUACAAGAGUCGGGCAACGUGAAUGUGAAAGGUGUGGACGCUAUUAGUGUGACCAGUGACGAGAGUUCGGGCUCGCAAAAUUUAGACACCUGUUUACCGCGGAUCAUCAAACCUCGCAAGCGUCGAAAAAAGGAUAGGAAACCGCCUCAUUUGACCCGCUCUCAAAACCAGGAUAGUUUCUCAAUAGACGGCGACAACCAGGAUUUCGAAGCCGUGUCAUUUGCCAGUUUAUCUCCGUUUCUGUCGUACUUCGAACCGAUCUCCUAUCAACAGCCAGUAGUUGACGAUAACAAACCUUUGCUGGACUUACUCAACGACAUUUCGGAAACGCCCAAGUUGCAUCACACUUUCGAGGACGUCGAAGAAGUUAAGGAUGUGAACGGUAACCAACCAGCCAGCACGUGCCAGUGUCGUUAUUGUGAUCCAGAAGGUCAGAUAUGGGACGUGGAUAGGAACUGUUAUUCUCCGUUCCUUACACCGCCCAAAGCCUUCCAGUUUCCUAGUUUGUUUAGCAGCUUUCCUCCUCAAACUUCGGAUGAUAGUCUCGUUCAUAGUUUUUCUUCGAUGUCUUUGGUUGAAGAUAAAUAUAAACCGUCCUAUUCGAGAUCAUCGUCGUCUUCGUUAAAUAGUUCGUCCAGUUCCACCGGCGAUUUGGAAGUAUCAACAGAGAUCGUGACCUCGUUGAAUGGACAUAGAGACUUAGAAAUUAAGUUUUGGCUGAACAGUGCGGUCGAUAAUAAAAGUACAAAAAAAUCUGAGUGCGACACCACGUGAAAUUUGUUGUUUUGUAUAAAAAUGGUUAUUUGGUUGUAUAGUGUGACGCCCUACCUUAUUCAUUUUUAAUUAGCAUGCGGUUAACUAAAGAUUUUUUAUUGUAAUAUUUUCCGUUUGCAUAGUCAAGUGAAUAAAAUUAUUCUUUACCUCAUUGUAGGUGAAAGGUACUUCAGAUUAGAAUUUAGAGGUCAUUUUAACUUGUGCAAGAAUCGAUCAUUCCAAGGUGUGUUACAUAAUAACAACGUUUCAUAGUUGUGUUUUCGAUCGUUUUCUUCGUUGCUUAUUCUAUGUAUAUAAUUAUUAAAGUUAAGACCCUUUGGACAGUUUUUAACUCUUAAAUCGUUUUUUACCUGUACAAACUCAAAAGCUUUUUUACUUCUUGUACUCGUUAUUCUUAUUUACGACAGGGUAUUUUGGUAUGCCGAGCAAGAGGUCGUUGACUGCACCUAAGUGACCACAGGUCCAAAAGAUUUUUGGUUGGUUUUAUCAUGGUAUCCUGCACUUCAUAACAAAAUAUAUCAGUUUUAAUUCAGAAAGUGAAAGUUAAUAUGUCAAAUACGUAACACUUAUAUUAAAGAGGAAUAUAAUGUUUCUAUAUUAGAAUCAAAAUAAUGUUUUUAUAAACAUUUCAAGUAAAAUUACAUUGGGGGGGGGGGGGCAUCAUUAUCCUUCAAUCAGAACUCGUUGAAAAUAAUUACUCAAGAAAGUUGAUCUUCGAGUUGGGUGUUCUCCAAAACAGCAGGGCUUCUGAUUAAGUUUCAUUUAAUGUUUACGUUGAACCUGUUCAUUCCAAGUAACGUCUAUACCUUCGUAGCUGGUUCAUUUCUGUAUCUUUCCGGUAUAAAGUCGUACUGAAACACUGAAAAAUAUUUAUUUCAAAUUUCUAUCAGUGAAAGUUACAUAUUAUAGAUAUUAUAAGUAUAUAAUAUAAAAAAUACCAGUAAUUAUUAUAGAAAUGAUUUUAAUUUUCACUUUUCAAUGAUUUAUUACUUAUCUAUCGCAUUUUAUUGUAAUUUUUUAGCAGAAACAUAAUUUUUCUUGUUAAUUAUUUUAUUACUUUCAUCUUUAUAUACUUUUU